AUGUCAAAAGCAAGUCAACUGCUGUCUGUUGAUUUUGAAGUCUUUGGACAUGUUCAAGGUGUCUGCUUCCGGAUGUACACGGAGAAGGAGGCGGCCCGCGUUGGGGUGGCCGGCUGGGUCAAGAACACUCGAAGUGGCACGGUGGUCGGACAGCUGCAGGGACCCGCCGAACCCGUCGAGCACAUGAAGGCGUGGCUUAGCAAGGUAGGCAGCCCGAGCUGUCGCAUCACAAAGACGUCGUUCAGUAACGAGCGGACGCUUCAGGCCUUGGAGUUGAGCGGCUUCGGGACGCGCUACUGA